AUGGUUGUCCAUCAGCGGGCCUCUCAUUCUUCUCCACCUCGAUCAAUUCUGAGACACCCAACUCCUCUAAGAAGUAAUGUGCCUCAGUCGGUCAACAGACCAACCACUCCUCAGCGAGGAAACAUUCCUCCGCAACAAAUGAGGAGUACAACUCCUCAGGGAGGAAACAUUUCUCAGCAGCGACUAAGGAGUGUUACUCCUCAGCGAGGAAAUGGUUCCCAGCACCAAGCAAGGAGUGUGACUCCACAAAGGGGACACUUGCCACAUCAGCAAGUGAGAUCCUCCACUCCCAAUAAAAGACAGUUGUCUUCCCAGCAGUCACAAUCGUCUAUUCCUCUUGUGGAAUAUCUCCCUCAUAGGCAAGGGAGGUCUUCCACUCCUAAUCGAUCUUCUAGAUCCACCACUCCCAAUAGGGUUCUUCAAUCCAGGACUUCCUCGUCUCAAUCUGAUCUAAAACAAGCUUGGAGUGUGUUAAGAGGCUCACAAGUGUCCUCUUCCACUCCUCGUCUAGAUGACCCCACUGGCAAAUCUCUCUUGGGUCCCCUCUUAUCAAAGAAUUCUCGCAAGCAAAAAUCAAAGCCUAAGUCCAAGGCAAAGACUAAGGCUUCAACCUCUUCUGACCAAAAAUUGUUGAACUUGCUCAACAGGUCAAUGACUUGUCUUCUCAACUUAAAGAAUUCCUUCUUGCAAUCAACAAAGCAACUCCUCUAA